UAAAUUUCUCAACUUCCAAUACCAAUUUACCAAUCUGUAAAAUGUUUUGCAGUAGCUGUGUGGUGGGGAUCGUUGAAGAAUAGUGGACCUCCCUCAAAUUCCAUCUCCAUGCUUCUCACCUCCAAAGCUUCCCAGCAAAAAAGACCCCAAGAUUCCCUCACAUUAUCUAUAAACCAUUGCAAGAGAAGCACACUCACACUCCCACACAGCUGUAUCCCGAGGGAGAGAGAGACAAAGAGCUGUGCACACCCAGAACCAACUUCACUCUUUCUUCCUCUCUACGCGUUCGCAUCAAUUAACAUUCGGUUCUUAAUUUAAUUUGGCUGCUGUAGGCACUGGAAAUCUUUGACGGAACAGAAAUCGGAGGUUGCCUGUGAUUGCACGGCAUGGGUUGCGCUGGAUCGCGCGAUAAAGGGGAUGAAAGUUCAAAGAAGAUACGGAAACCCAAGGCUUGGAAGCAUUCAGAGCCAAUAACAAGGGCACAACUAAUGCAGAUGCGUGAGGAGUUCUGGGACACUGCUCCACAUUAUGGUGGUCGAAAAGAAAUCUGGGAUGCACUUCGGGCUGCAGCUGAAGCUGAUCUGUCACUUGCACAGGCAAUAGUGGACAGUGCUGGUGUAAUUGUUCAAAAUCCCGAUUUAACAGUCUGCUAUGAUGAGAGAGGUGCCAAGUACGAACUACCCAAGUACGUCCUGAGCGAGCCUACAAAUCUGAUUCACGACAGUUGAGAAGAAGCUUGCGGAGACUGUAUAUUUUGUAAAUUAAUCUCACUGCCGUUUUGUUUCUAACUUUUUCCGACUUUGCUACCGCUCCAUCGACAUAUUGCUAGACCCAAUAGUACAUAAAGCUCUUCGCACCGUGUGCUUUUGAUUUGAUAAACACCAUUGGGAUGAAAAUUGUGUAGCAUGGAUUUCUAAUGCAUGAAUACAUUGGUCAUAAAUCGCAGUUAUAUUUUA